UGCAUGCAUUUUGGCUUAAGCUGAACUGAUCACGUUUUUGAACUGGAUUGCUGUAAUUUGGCUUCAUUUUGAGUGCAGGAUGAUGAUCUUUCCUUGCUUCUGUGUUUUAAGUCUUGGCCUUAAGAGUUUUGGGUUAAAAGAUGUUCAGCAUAGGUGGAGUGUUUUAGAAACCGUAAACUCUGAAGAGUCUUUUAUCAGGCAAGUGUAAAACUUUGUUUUCCAAAGCAUAGGGCUCAGAUGCAUUUGGGUGUGUUUCCACACAGAAAGUAAAACAAUGCAUUCCUGAUAAUCAGGGCAAUUCUUCCAGUUUCAAGCAUUGUAAUGGACAGAAGACCUGACUUGUCUCAGUACUUUUGUAGACCAAAUACUUCAUUGCUUUUUUCCCCAUCUGCAUUUUGAUGUGUACUCUCAUCCUUGAUCACCUCCACAAAUUCUGCUUCUCACACCUUUUGUAGCUCCUUCUGCCUCUGAUAUGCAUAUGUACAUAAUACAGCAUCCCAGGCCAACCUUUGCCUUUCCUUGCCACUGCCUUUUUGUUUUUUCUUCUGUAUUGUCAUAGCUCUUGCAUGUUUCUACAGCUCCACCACAUGCCUUCUACAUUAAUAGGUGGGCCAUUCAUUUUUCAUCUCUUCGCUGCUACAAGGGUAUUGAUGCACCUGGUAAAGAGAACACCAAUUUGGUGUACCUUGUGCUACAAAAAAAUCUCAAAUGAUGGGAAGAAGAUUUCUGCUUAGCUUAUGGAUACCUCAGGUUGAUUGUGAUCCUAACAGAUGGAUCAUUCUCUGGAAUUCGAGAACUCAGCUCUGAAACACAAGUUCUUUUUAAGUUGAAGUGUUCUUAAAUAAUGUUCUGAGGAUGGAGUGAAGACUAAGGGAGGAGCCUGACCUAUGCCUUGGCACAAAGACCCCAUGUUUUUUGGGGAGGGAAGGGGAAGAAACCUUAUUCGUCCAUCAUGGCACCAUGGGGUUUAUAGAGUUCUACUGGUAGUUAAGCUUGUAUCUUGAUUUGCUUUCAGUAGUAUUUGCUGAAGGAAUAUGGGUUUAGUCCUCUUGAUCAGUGCUAUGCACACCAGGAAUAGUUAAUCAGUUACUCAAAACCAGAAUUGGACUAAAUUAGUGAACACUUCCAGUGACUGCUAAUAUUUUCUGGGUUAUACUGCUUUUUUUAAUUGUAUAACAAGAUUGUACUUUGUUCCAUUAAGGUAACACUUGGUAAAUAAAUUCUCAGGUUUGAAGGGAAUUUGCAGUUCCAACUAGCUGACAUCAGAGUAACACUUAGAACUACUUUGUGCUUACAUCAGCAAAGUACUUAGCACUUUCCUCAAGCUGUCUUUUAUUGUCUGCUGAAUACUUUCCUCUGUAUACUUUUUGAAAGGAAAAUUGUGUUACCUGCUUAAUGCUCUUGGGCUUAAUUUCUGAUGACAGAAUUCUCUAGAAUUGGAAGAUGGGUCUGCAUUUGCAAGUAGACAAUGUUAUUAGCUCAGAUAAAUCGAGAUUCUCAGGGAAUGACUGAAUUUUCUGGUGGCGGAAUGGAGGCCCAGCAUGUGACUCUCUGUCUAACAGAAGCUGUAGCUGUGCAAGAUGGUGACAACUUAGAAAACAUGGAAGGUGUAAGUUUGCAAGCAGUUACCCUUGCUGAUGGCUCCACUGCUUACAUACAGCACAACUCUAAAGAUGGUAAAUUAAUGGAUGGCCAGGUGAUUCAAUUAGAAGAUGGUUCUGCUGCUUAUGUUCAACAUGUACCCAUGCCUAAAAGCAGGGACAGCUUGCGUCUGGAAGACGGACAAGCAGUUCAGCUGGAAGAUGGAACAACAGCAUUUAUUCAUCACACCUCAAAAGACAGCUAUGACCAGAGCGCAUUGCAAGCAGUCCAGCUGGAGGAUGGAACUACUGCCUACAUUCACCACACAGUGCAGAUGCCACAGUCAGAUACCAUUUUAGCCAUUCAAGCUGAUGGCACAGUGGCAGGUCUUCAUACCGGAGACGCUGCCAUUGACCCAGAUACCAUCAGUGCUUUGGAGCAAUAUGCAGCCAAGGUAUCUAUUGAUGGAAAUGACACUGUUAGUGGCACAGGAAUGAUAGGUGAAAAUGAACAAGAUAAAAAAAUGCAGAUUGUCUUGCAAGGACAUGGAACAAGAAUGACUGCAAAAUCUCAGCAGAGUGGAGAGAAAGCCUUUCGCUGUGAUUACGAUGGCUGUGGAAAACUGUACACAACAGCUCAUCAUCUUAAGGUACAUGAAAGGUCACACACAGGAGACAGACCAUAUCAGUGUGAACAUCCUGGAUGUGGCAAAGCCUUUGCAACAGGGUAUGGGUUAAAAAGUCAUGUCCGAACACACACUGGUGAAAAGCCUUAUAGGUGCACAGAGGAAAAUUGUACCAAGUCAUUCAAGACUUCAGGAGACCUGCAGAAACAUAUUCGAACCCACACAGGUGAAAGGCCAUUUAAGUGUCCGUUUGAAGGAUGUGGCAGGUCAUUCACAACUUCUAAUAUUAGAAAGGUUCACAUCAGGACACAUACAGGCGAAAGGCCUUAUUACUGUACAGAGCCAGGAUGUGGGAGAGCUUUUGCCAGUGCAACUAAUUAUAAGAAUCAUGUGAGAAUACACACAGGAGAGAAGCCUUAUGUCUGUACAGUUCCUGGUUGUGAUAAACGUUUCACAGAGUAUUCCAGUUUAUACAAACAUCAUGUUGUACAUACUCAUUCCAAACCAUACAACUGCAAUCACUGUGGGAAAACAUACAAGCAGAUUUCUACACUUGCUAUGCACAAGCGGACAGCACACAAUGACACAGAGCCCAUUGAAGAAGAACAAGAGGCUUUUUUUGAGCCACCUCCAGGUCAAGGUGAAGAUGUUCUCAAAGCCUCAGAGAUAACCUAUGUGACAGGUGUAGAGGAAGAUGUAAUUUCUGCACAGGUUGCUACAGUUACUCAGUCAGGGUUAGGUCAACAAGUAGCACUAAUAUCCCAGGAUGGGACCCAACACGUCAACAUAUCCCAGGCAGAUAUGCAGGCCAUUGGCAAUACUAUCACUAUGGUAACACAAGAUGGCACCACCAUCACAGUUCCUGCCCACGAUGCUGUCAUUUCUUCUGCAGGAACACAUUCUGUAGCAAUGGUUACUGCAGAAGGCACUGAAGGGCAGCAGGUUGCUAUUGUGGCUCAAGACUUAGCAGCAUUUCAUAGUGCCUCAUCAGAAUUGGGACAUCAGCAACACGGGCACCAUUUAGUGGCUACAGAAACUAGACCUGUUACGUUGUUGGCUACAUCCAAUGGAACACAAAUUGCAGUACAGCUUGGAGAGCAACAGUCUCUGGAAGAAGCCAUUAGAAUAGCCUCCAGAAUACAACAGGGUGAAACACCAGGGCUUGAUGAUUAACUUCUAAAACUGCUACAAGAACAAUAGAGCAAAAGGUAUUUUAUUUUCAAUCAACAAAGGUCCAUACCAGCAGCAACCCAUAAAAAACUUUGAAGUUCCCCGCUCACUGAUACUGUGUACACAUUUUAUGCAAGAGCGAAGAACGUUUUGUAAGUUUUGUGUACAUAACCCUUGGAAUGGACUGACAUCAUCUACUUCCAACCGUUGUAUAUUCAGGAAUAUGGAAUUAGGAGUAUAUAGUAAAUUUCCUUGUUAGCAGAUUUCAGACUGGUCUACAAGCAAGUGAGAAAUUCAGUACAAGAACUGGAAUUAAUUUUUACUGUCAUGUACAAAUAAUGAAGGCAUUACCGAAGAUUUAAAAUACUUAAAUUACUAUUGAAAAACAAUCAUAUGUUCAGGAACCCUUACAAGUAAUAAAGAUGACAGAGCCUUUUGAAUUGCAUUCCAUAAAUGGGGAAAAAAAGUCUUGGAUUUUGAGCCUACUGUAAAUCUUUGUGUUUUGAUUUGUUUCAUGCAGGUUUCAAUACUCUUUAGAUUAUUGACCCUAUCUCAUUCAUUGUAAAUACUGACUGUUAAUGCUGGAAGUGCUAAUUAUAUUAUCUUUAAAAUUGGAUUAUGUACAAAGGAGAAACUUUGGUUGUUCACUAUUAAAGGAAGUAAAUCUAAUGAUUUUGUUUCUUUACAUGUUUUACUGGAGAUGUUGCUCUCAAAUUAUUAUGCAAUAAAAUAUAGCAGGAUUGUAUUGUCUAGGUAGGAUGGUAUUGUCAUGUGACGUACUGGUUUAGUUUUUAAGGAGACUGAGGUUCAAAUUAUUUAUUUACAGCCUUGUAUAGUUUUUUUCCAAAGUUAAUUUAUCAUAAAUUUAACAUUUUGACUUACUCAUUUUGAUCAUAAUCCACUACAGUGUAUAGAGUAAUUUGCUUUAAUAGUUAUUUUAAACAUUCUAAAACACUACAAGAACUAUUUGAAACAGUAAUUAGCAAACUGAUUUUGACUAAAAGGUAAACUACCUGUUUUCAGGAGGAUGCUUUUCAGAUGGUGUAUUUGCAGCGCAAGUACUAGCAGUCUAUUUUCAGCAGUUCUGAGUGCCUGCUGCUACUAUUCAGUACCUAGGAUAUGCUGAUAUCAGUGCAUUUGAAAAUCAGGACACAAGUUACUAGGAAAAAAGGGAUUAAUUAAUGAUGAUGUAAGUACAAUGCUCCUCUACACCUACCAUUAUGCAAAGGGGAAAAAAAAAUCUGUUGUAAAUAUGUCUAACAUACAGUAAAACAAUUUUUUUAUAUAUGAAAAAUGUCUUUACUCUUGUCUUGUUAGUAGGCUUGUUUAGCAAGUUAAAUUUUUUUUUGGCUUCAUGUAAGGUUCAGUGCUUACUUUACGUGAGUGUCAAGAGCACUUCUGAAAGUGAAGCCUCUCCUUUUACCUUCUCAAGGGAAGGUUUAAACAUCUUCGGAUGAAGUGUUACUCAAGUGAUCAUUUUAUAAGUAUUGUGAGGUAUGCAUUUCACAUAAAAAUGAGUCCAUAACUAUAUACCUUGAGGUAACUGACCUCAAAAAGGCCAAGUUUGAAUAGAAUGAAAAUAAUUUAUUGUGAAUUUGAGUGCGUUGCAGCCUUUUAUGUUUCUUGUACAGAUGACUAACUGAGAAGUGCAGUGCAAGAAUGCAGUACUGUGGGAUAGAUGUGGACAAAGCAAAGACUGUUCUCUGGAUCCAUUACAAAGUAAAACUCAGAAACUUGUAAUUUUUGUAUAGGAUUGAGGCUGCUUGCUCACUUAGGUGCCAGUUUUCCUUAAGUGUUGUAAUUCUUGAUAUCACAUGGAGAUAAAUGUACUAUGCAAGGAGGAUUAAUUGCCUGUCAACUAGAUCAGUUUCUUAGUACUUAUCACCUUUUAGAAAUUAAAGAUGUAUCAUUUGACAUGAACGUUCAAGGGGUUUUUUCUUACAUUUUAUUGCUGAUAGUUUCUGGAAACAAUGUCUGGAAUGGUGGCUUUAA